UAUAUGACUUUCGACUCCGAAAGGAAAAUAGCUCGAUAAGAUCGUUGGCCAGCGAAAUGACUGGCUCGCCAUCAAGAACAUCGCAAACACGCGGUUCAUUCUGAAGCUGAUGACGAUAAAAUCAAGCUCAUCGCGUGUUCAAGACGUGGACGGUGCUCUUUUGAUACGCGAUUCAAUCUUGCGUCCUUACUUUAACAGGAUAUGUCACGGAGCAUGAUUUUAUUUUUAUUUUAUCCCAUCGAACGCUGUCGAUAAACGACGAAAAGAUAUUUCAUUAUAUUAUUCUCCCUUUUAAGGUUGCAUGUUAUAUAUGUACAUCCCUGAAUCGUGUCUAUAUUAUCAAAAUUUUCAAAACUUUCAGAGUUUGAAUAAAAUUAUAAAUAAAUUUUAACAUUCACCAUGAUUUCGAAAUGACUGCUAGCUUAUCAUAUAUCGUUCAUUUAUCAUGAAAUUAAGGCUAAGGGUUAAUUAACCCUCUGUGACCCAAAUAUUUGACACAGGUAAUCCUCGUGUAACACAGUUUCUAUUAUACUUUAAUCUUCCUUUUUUUAAAUAAAUUAAUUAACUGUGUUAAUCGAGGAUUAGCCGUGUUUGUGUAAUUAACAGACUCUAAUGAUUACGAAUCGAAUGCUAUUAGGGGAUAUUAAUUUGAUCGAAUGAAUGGCAAGUCGUUUCUCUUUGAUAGAUCAUCCCUGCAUUGACUAUUCAUAAAUCGAAGAAUGAUGAAGCUUAAGUUGGAAGGGAAAUCAUUCAUAUUUUAGCUCGUCGUAAGACUGAUUGUAAUUAUACAUAGAAAACAAUCACUUUUUCCAUGCAGGAACAUUUCGUAUGGUUUAAAAGGACGACACGGUAUGUAUCGUUCGUUUCAAUGGGACGAUCCUCCUUUGCUUCUAAUCUUCGUUUCAUCUUCCCCUAAUUUCUUCAUUAAUUUCAGUUUUUUAAAUCAUAUACACUCAUACACUCAUUUACUUAAGCGGCUACGAGAUAUAUCUUCCAGUCUAUGAUAGCGAAAAUUAUCUGCGUUUAAUUAGGGAAAAUUAGAAUGUUAUUUGAAGUUAUACCUCGUCUUUUUGUGCUGGACAAACUGACCCGACCGGAAUUUUCGAGUACCCCACACCCCUAGUAUUUCUUGAUAUGGAAAAUUAAUCUCUUGCCUUAUAUUCGACGAGUUGAAUUUUUCUAAUCCUAAUUUCUCUUUUCUAAUCUUAAUAAUUUUCUCCUCGUUACUCGAAAAAUGACCCAUCGCGUGCAGCGGUAAAUCGUAACAAUAUCCAAGAAAGCAAAGAAAUCGUAAGGCAAAGGGUUGAAGUUAGAUUGAUACGAGGUUUAGCCAACGAGUCGGAUUAUUAGCUGACUCGUACUACUUGCGUGUAAUGUAUUCAUGAAAGCGAAAGUGAAUGAAUUGAAUGAACGUACGAGAUACCACUUUCGUGACACGAAAUCGAUCAAGAAUCUUGAAUAAUUAAGCAUCGUUUUAUGAACGAGAAUCUUUAUGUCGUUGUACGUUUACUUUUUUAUAAGAGAGAACGCUGUUGAACAAUGAACUCUGAAGGAGGAGAGAGAAUUGAACUAUUCCUCUGAUAUCAAACAACCACUAUAUUAAACCUUAAAAACAAUCCUCUAAAAUGAACCAUCUGACUAUUGGUUAUCAAUCAUUUUUUUUAUUUUUUUUAUUUUUGCUUUUAAUCAAAAUUUAAUCCUCGAAGAACGAUUAAGCUGGGUGAAAAGUGAUCCAAUAUUAUCUGAAUGAGGGUUGAACAGGAGUCUUAUGGAACACCCUAAGUAAAUUCUCUAUAAAUGUAUGGCGAUUGCCGUGUAAACAAUAUAUUAUGCAUUUUUUAAAUCGAUCAAUUUUAUAAUAAAUAGAAGAAAAGCAAGAGUCGAAAGAAAUGGAUAGGUGCAAUUUUCUAAUUAACUUGGAGAAAGUAACGCGCUGCCAGGAUCUUAAGGAUUCGUCAUCAAAGAUGAGAAAUUAUUUAAAAUAAUAAUAAUUAAGAAAUGAAAGUUUGGAAGCACUUGCCUUUAACUUGCCCCUUCCAAGUAGAAAAGAAACAGGACGACGUCGAUGUGUGGACAAAUCCAGCUGGGAAAGAUGAAACUGUGAGCCAAGAUGCAUGCGUUGUCCACUGCAAUGAAUACUCUGUACAGUUAACAUUCCGGGAACAAUGGCUGGAUGAACGGCUACGUUUUGUUGAUACCACAGGUCGUCUGAAAUAUUUAACUUUAACGGAUGCGAGUCGCGUUUGGAUGCCAGAUUUGUUCUUUUCAAAUGAGAAAGAGGGUCAUUUUCAUAACAUUAUUAUGCCGAACGUGUACAUUCGUAUUUUCCCAAAUGGUUCUGUUCUAUACAGUAUACGAAUAUCAUUGACGUUAUCGUGUCCUAUGAAUUUAAAAUUAUACCCCCUGGAUCGGCAAACAUGUUCCCUACGUAUGGCAAGUUAUGGUUGGACCACUGACGAUUUAGUUUUCAUAUGGAAAGAGGGAGACCCCGUACAAGUUGUUAAGAACUUACACCUGCCUCGGUUCACAUUGGAAAAAUUUCUUACCGAUUAUUGUAACAGCAAAACAAAUACUGGAGAGUACAGCUGUCUCAAAGUAGACUUGCUGUUCAAGAGGGAAUUCAGUUACUACCUUAUCCAAAUUUAUAUCCCUUGCUGCAUGCUUGUCAUUGUAUCCUGGGUAUCGUUCUGGCUCGAUCAGAGUGCCGUACCAGCUCGAGUCUCGUUAGGUGUAACAACUCUGUUGACGAUGGCUACGCAGACGUCAGGAAUAAAUGCCUCACUGCCGCCAGUGUCUUAUACAAAGGCUAUCGAUGUUUGGACAGGCGUGUGCUUGACUUUCGUGUUCGGCGCUCUCCUCGAAUUUGCCCUAGUAAAUUAUGCGUCGCGAAGCGAUAUGCACAGCGAUAAUAUAGAGAAAAAAUAUCCACCGUCUGAAACGGAGCAAUCAUCGUCGAUCGAUCCAUCUUCUGAUCAAAUCGAACCAGAUAAUUCGUCGAAUUUUGCUAUGACCGGAUAUGAUGGACCACUUCAACAUUCUCUACAGAAACCUCUGGUCCGCCAGCCGGAGGAUACCAUGUCGGUGGAUAGGAUGCAGCACUGCGAAUUACAUAUGCAACCACGAAAAAAAAACUGCUGCAGGUCGUGGCUGUCCAAGUUCCCGACGAGGUCCAAGCGCAUCGACGUCAUCUCACGGAUCUUCUUCCCUAUCGUAUUCGCUAUAUUCAACCUCGCGUACUGGUCCACGUACCUGUUUCGGAAGGAGGAGGAGGACGAGUAAAUGUCGACGAGGAAGCGCUCGGAUCAUCAAGGAACGUGGCUCGCGGCCAUUCCCAUCAUGCUCACACGAAACAUCGUACGCGUCCACGUCAACAACAGUACCAUUGUCGACAAUAUUAUCACUAUCACCAACAUCAACAUCAACAUCAGCAUCAACAUCAGGCAAAUCUGCAACAGACCGGUGUGCAACAACAUCCGCCUCAGCAACAACCACCACCGCCCCCGCCGGCUCAGCAUCAACCGUUACCAACGCGACGGCAUCACCAUCAUCGUUAUCGUGGCCGACACCCACAGCCGAGGUCGGCCUCGUUCUCGUCGUUGCACAACGCCCAGGGUAGCGGUCGAUAUUCGCCGAGAAGCUCUCAACACACCUGCAGACGCCCUGCGAGAUCCUCACCCUCGCCGUCACCCACGCCAUCGCCUUCGCCCACCACCUCUCGCAGAGCGACACCCUCGCCACCGGCGGUUGCCGCGCAACAAACCAUACCACCGCAAAACUUUCGCCGUUUUCAACGACCAUCGCUUCCACGUAUCGAGAGAUGCUGUUCAGCCGUUCUACCGAAUAAAUGGUUCAAUUGUCGAGCUAAGGGUACAGCGAGGAUCGAUUACGUAUCGCGUAUCGCUUUUCCCGCCACCUUUAUCCUAUUCAAUCUUGGAUAUUGGUCCACCUACUUGUUCCAAAGCGGUGAGAACAAGGAUAUGAACAAGUAGAACGUUUGUCUAUUUCCGUGCGACUGUAAUCAAUCCCUGAUCGAUCGUUCUCUGUAUCUUGGAUCAUUUUCUAACGUAUAUUGUAAGCGCAUCGCGUCUGUGUAAUUGAAUCGGUGGCUCGAGAAAGGGUACAAGUUUAAAAGAUACAUUUUUUCAGAGAUAUUUGGAUAGAUAGCUUUGGCUGUUACAAUUUCAUUCGAACGAGCUACGGUUAAAUAUUUUGUUUGGAAAUUUUUUUUCCGAUUCAAUUGCCAGAUGUACGGAAGGGAAUGAAGGAUAGAUAGCGAUAUAGGGAACAUCUUCGUUUAGUGCUUUCUAUGCUUGUUUAACCCUUGUACGGGCAACCGAAUAUGAUUGUAGCUUUAAUGCAUCUGGUCCUUUUGCAUAAAUUCUUUAUUUUGAAAACGUGAGAACAAAGAAAAUUGUCAGAAAGAAGUAUAGAAGUGGGUACCAGGUUGCCCGUGCAAGGGUUAACACGUUGAAUGCCAUGAACUUAAUACAGUCGAGUAAUUGAAAGAAGGAUUUUUAAUAACAUUAAUAUUAUAAUGGUAACGGAAAGUAGGGAAGGAAAAAUUUCAAUUGAAAAAAUGUUUAAAUUUAUCGUACUAUAAACGGUCAUUUCCAUAGUGGCAAUCAACGUGUUAACGAUUAACGAAAGAACAAAGUGUACUUGAACGGAAGGACUCUUCGAUAAUCCGUGCCUGAAGUUCGAUGACCAUAUAUUAAAAGACCAAGGAAAGCGCAACGAAAUAACAACGCUCGGUACGGUAGGAAGUAGUGUCGGCGAAUCUAUAAAUAUAUAUAUGUACGUAUGUAUACAUACAACAUUCGAAAACGGUGUAAGGGUUUUAAAUCUUAAUCGCGAACGUACACAUACAUUAAACACACGUUACACACACACACACACACGCGUACACACCUGUAACAUAUUCGGAAGACCGCGUGCCACAGGAUAAAAAUCAAUGUAGUGGGCCCUGUAUAGCCACGGCCUGUUAACCAGAACUACGUGCGAAUAAAUUUAUAAAUAAUAUACUUAAUAUAAUUGACAAGUAAAUCGUUAAAUGAAACAAUGAUUCCUGUGUAUAAAAAAAAAAAAAAAAAUCCUCAGUCUAACAGAGUUAAAAAAAAAAAAAAAAAAGAACGAGUCAGUGUUAAACGUUCGUUCAGUGCGACGAUUAACAUUGACUCGUGAUAUAAAUAAAGAGAAACGGAGGUGACAUUCUCGAGGGGACAAUUAGUCGAUAUUAAGAGAAAUCGCAUUAUCACGAGACGUACAGUUUAGAUUAUUAAUUAAUAUCGAGCGAGCGGUAGUGAUAAACACGAAACGAGAAUUUACGUUACCCUCCCUUUUAUUGCGAGACCUCGUUUUAAAUCGGGAUCUCCUAAAGUAUUGCUCAUUGACCAGUCGAGACUGAGGAUAUUGUUCAAUGUGAAAUAUAUAGGUGGAAGGAAAACAGAUAAAAAAAAAAAGAAAAAAAGAAAAAAAAUAUUAAAAAAUGGACUGAACGAGUGGAUCGAACGAAAGAACGAUUCACCGAAACGGAACAUAGAAACUAUUUCCAAACAAGUGUAUUUGCAAGUGUUGUCGAUACCCUUGAAAAAAGAAAAAAAAAGUGUGUUGCAAGUAAAAGCAGAGCUUACUCGCUCGUGAAAUUUACGUAAACUAAUUUGUGUAUCCAAAUUAGAGUUUUGAAACUUUUACAGUCAGAUUUAAAAAUUUACUUGGCGGACAGAUUUCGCGCCAACGCGUUGGAGCGUCAAAGGCGCAUGCGCGAGGUUUGAACAUGUCACGUGCUCAGUCAGUGAAAUUUCUAUUGGCAAGUUAGUUUGUGAAAAUUUUAUGAGCAUGUAAACCCAGUUUAAAUACGAAAAGAUUUAAGAAAUAAAAGAAAAUGAUUUAAUUUCUCCGUGCGUGCUCGUUUAGUUGUCGAUUAGGUUAUCGGUUGCGCGGACCCGCUGCAUACGGAAACAAAAAAAAAAAAAAAAA